AUAUUAUUGUUACUCCGGUUGUUAUGACUACAAUGAUAUUGGAAAAAAUAUGUUCUUGUGUUUUCUCCAAUAUAAUGUUAGUUAUUGAAUCGACUGUUUUAAAUUUCCCGCCUUGACCUUCCCGCGUUUCCAGUGCUGUGAAGCGGCGACCCGGAAAAAACUCUUUCAGCGUUUCUGUGCAAAUAACUCACGCAAUGUGAUUUCGACAACUAAUUAUACAAAAAAAAUGUUCUACUUACGUAAGAACGCGACAUUUUUUGCUUCUUUUCUGUCAGAUUUCACGCAUCUCGCAGAAAAAAUUGUUCACAAGAAAAUUAGGUUAGUUUCCUCUAAUAGGGGAAACGUGUGUUUCUCGGUUGGCAGCUCUGAGAAAAACGAAACCACAAUCGGCGCGCUGUUUGAACACUGGCGCCACAAAUUCGAAAUUGAGGCGAUUUCAGAGCCUGUAGCCUCCACUGAACACAUUGUAGCUCACGUUUUAGGCACCACACGGAUUUCCGACAUCUACAGACUGAAAAAAACUCCUUUAACGGCCACUCAGAUCGUCCAAAUCGACGCUUUGUGUUCGCAGCGACUCAAACAUGUUCCUGUUCAAUACAUUCUGGGUGAGUGGUCCUUCCGCCACUUAACCCUGAAGAUGUCUGCACCUGUGUUCAUCCCCCGCCCCGAAACGGAGCAACUCGUCGACAUCAUCCUCCCUGAAAUCGUCCGGAAGGAUUUCCACAUCCUGGACUUAUGUUGCGGAAGCGGCGCGAUUGCGUUAUCCUUGCUGCAGGAGCAGGAUACUAUAAAAGCGACCGGCGUCGAUCAAUCGGAGGCGGCGUGUCAAUUGACAAAAGAAAAUGCACAAAGGAACGGUUUAAACAAACGCAUUCGUAUCAUCCAGAGCCAACUAGAGCGGUGGAAUUGCGAAGAAAAAUUCGACCUGGUGGUGUCAAAUCCGCCGUAUGUUUUCACGGAGGACAUGGAGCACCUACAGAAGGAAAUUAAGUUGUACGAGGACCCAAGGGCUCUCGACGGGGGCGCGCAGGGGUUAUCCGUGAUUAAAACAAUCUUAUCCAUAUCAUCCCGAUGCCUGGAUAAAAACGGCAAAUUAUUCCUGGAAGUGGAUCCCCGCCAUCCGCCCCCGCUCUCCAUUUAUUUGCUCAAGAACAAUACCUUGGGGCUAGCUCACGUCGAAACCUACCCGGAUUUCAGCGGCAAGCGCCGCUUCGUGCAAAUAAUUAAAAAAUAAAACCCUCUAAUAAAAAUACAAAUAAUUUUUA